GUGCCCCUAUUCGUCGAACGUCUCUUUCUGCCUGUCGAUCGCUGCUCCGUUUUGAUGAAAGGAUUAUUUGCAGACCCUUUCUCGAAAUUCGUCCUUCGUAAUCAUCUGUUCUGUGAUUAUAAGUCUUGUGAGAUGGAAAAGAAGGGAACUCGAUCUACUUGUGUUGUUGGCGUCGUAUGCUAGUUGCAGGCGAUGGAUUUGGCUUGCGAGAAAACUUGGGUCUGGAUCCCUCUUCCACAGAAAUUCCAGUCCCCCAUCAUUUUGAAGUUGAUACUGGGUUUUUGUUGGUAUUUGCUGCAUCUGAUGGUCAAUCUCAGGCAUAUGGGGUCGUCUGUUAAUGAUUUACUGUUUUGCUACAUCAUUUCAAUGGGACUGCUACUGAAACAUCAAAAUCUCCGGCUGGAUAAGCUCAACUCCCUUGCUGUUGUGGUUGAUAGUGAAGAAGCAAAAAAUACAACAAAGAUAAAACAACUUUUGUGCUGGUUAUCAUCUAUAGGUAUCAAGUACGUCAUCCUUUAUGACAUGCAUGGUGUGCUGAAGCAGACUAUUGGAACUGAUUUGGAGAGCUUGACAAAUACAAGCAUGACAACAUGUUCUGUCGUUGAUGCAAAGAUGGCGACUUCACUUUUUCAUUUUGAAAAAAUGGCAAUUGAGAUUAUUUCUUUAUCUGAUGGUAAAGAAGGGGUUGCUAAAGCAGCUAGCUUCCUAUAUUCUGAGCACAUGAAAGAUGAUUCUGAAAUCUGCUAUAGGUCAGAACCAGACUUCACAGAAUCAGAUGUAGCUAAUGCUUUAAAAGCAACAGGUUCUGCCGGAGCUGAACCUGAUCUUCUUCUUGUAUAUGGGCCUGCUAGAUGCCAUUUAGGAUUUCCUGCAUGGAGAUUACGAUAUACAGAGAUCGUGCAUAUGGGGCGACUGAGAUCCAUGAAGUUUGCUGCUAUCGUAAAGACGAUGCAUGACUUCUCAAAGAAGCAUCAGAACUACGGCAAAUAGUUAUACAAAGUUAUAUGUUUACCAGGUGAUAAGGUAGAUACCUGUUAUAACCAAACAUAAAGAAGCUAUGGAGAUCAAAUUGCACUGCCGUGGCUGGGAGCUUCUCCAAAAGCUUGACAGAUAUUGAGCAGUUAUUGCACACCUAAUCUUUCCCUGCACUUGUUGAACAAAUGUAGAUAACUAUUGCUUCUAAUAUCUUCCUUUAUAAUCUA